AUGGGUGACACCGCCAGUGCAGUGCGAUUGCGUGUUUCUUUCGCCCGGCGUGAUGCCAACUCAAUGAUGGUGAGUCCGCUCUCACCUCGGCACUCACACAUCGGAGAACAAGAGACGAGAUCACUGCACGGCGAAAGGGAAAGCAAUCACAACAACCCCGUUGUGGUUAUUGAUCCGAAGAAGAUCAGCGACUUUCAGCGGUUCCGUUUUAUUUUCGUUGGAAUGCUUCUUCUUAUUAACACUUCCACGCAAGGACUCCACGCGCUCUUCGGAGUAUAUAUUGAGACGAUCCACAGGUAUGACAUUCGUACGAUGGUUGACAUCUUCGCUGCGGGAACAGCAUUCGGUUUGUUUGUCUUUCCCUUCGGUGCUAUGUAUGAUUUCUUCGGUCCGAGAAUUGUCUUCGCAAUAGCAACGGUUAUAACAUCACUGAGCCAUUUGCUGUUUGCGCUAACCUUCAGUGGACAUAUUGAUCCAUCGAAGACACGCUACUCUGUGUACUUCGCCAUGAUGAACUGGGGCUGCUACGCCUUUGAUGUUGCAGCUCUGCCCACCGUCCUGACAUACGCACCUCGCGAUCGAGCGCACCCCAUUGGUAUGCUGAAAACAUUCUCUGGUCUUGGUCCCUCCAUCAUUUCGUGCAUCUUUCGUGGCUUCUUCAACGACCGGUACGACAACUUGAUGUACUUCCUUAUGACGAUUGUGCUUGUGUUUGGUGUAAUCGGGACAGUGUUUCUAGACAACGCCCCGUAUGAAGUGACGCGGUGGAAGGAACGUCAUAUAACACUGAAAGAAAAACUAAGCCUGCUCCUUGUCCGGAAUCGCUACAUGUCGCAGUUACUUCCAAAGAGACGCUUUCACAUUAUGUCUGUUAUAUUGGUGAUUCUGAAUGUUUACCUGACGACACAAUCCAUCUGCGCGGCAUACUACAAGGACUCCAUGACCAAGGGCCGCUAUAGGGGUUUGGCCAUUGGUGCCAUCGUCAUCGUUCUCUUCAUCUUUAUCCUUUUGGUGCCGCUGCACCAGCUUGACGGACCCACGGCGCAGGAUCAAGCUGUUAUUGAAAAGGCUCGAGAGGUGGAAAAUCAUUUGGCGGAGGAACGAAGGAAACGUCAUGCCAAAUCACACGGGAGAAGAGCUUCUAGUCCAACCGAUCCCAGGAGUGGUAUGGAUGGCCACUAUGAGGAGACAACCAGCGUGGAAGCUAUCCCCGCUAAUUAUGCAGAUGUGCAGUCGGCGUUGGGGACUGUACCUGUGCAAUCCACGGAUUCUAUAGAGAUGAUGAGAGAUACAGAGGAUGAAAAGAUCGAGGAGAGAAGCCAGCAUCACCCGUACCAGCCUGUCGACCCCGAUGCAAGUCUUAUCGAGGCUAUAGAUCUAAUUCCCUUGGAGGAGGACGGCGAGGAGGAGCACGGGGACACGGCGCAUUGGCUGCGGAACACAUCCCUCGCUGUGCGGAAGCGGCAUUCUGAGCUUGCAUCGACCGUUGAUACAGCCGAAAUGGAGGUCGUCACACGUGGUGUCUCAACGUAUGAUCAUCCAUACGUGGAGACCAUUACAGUGUGCGGUGAGGUCUUUGUCACACCCAUUUAUGAGACGUCGUUCCUGCAAAGUUUGACAUACAUUGAUCUGUGGCUGCUCUUCUACACCACUUUCGUGGUCUGGGGUGUGGGGAUGACGAUGACGGGGAAUUGGAACAUUCGAGUUAUGGUUGGUUCCCGCUACACACAGCUAGAGUACAAGACGUACGUUCUAUUCGCCACCAUGUCGGGUGUAUCGACGGCGUUUGGUCGUGUGAUUAUUGGUCUCUACGAGGUGCUUCUUCUUUAUGUUGGUCAACGUAUGGGUGUCUCGCUGCCUGCCACAAUUGGUUUUCCGAUACCCAGCAUAUUACUGACUCUUGCACUCAUCUUCUACUUGGCCUUCCCUGACAACCUUUCCCUAAUCGUGGUAUACCUGGUAGCGCCGUUUGCCUACGGCUUCAGUGGCUCCAUCACUAUCUACGUUAUUGGCAUUAUUUUCAAGCGUGACAUCGGAAUGCACUACGGGUUCUGUAUCCUGGGCGCUGCUCUUGGUAUUGUGCUGUUCUAUCGUCUGCUCUUCUUUGGUGUGUACGAUAGGCACAAGCUUGUUUUUCCUCCCAACGGACCACAA